CCGUGCAUCUAUGAGAUUGUUCGCACGAUUAAAACAUAAACUGUGAGAGUUAACAGUCUCUCUUACUCCUCAUGCCUGCGGUGGGCGGUCAUCGACCAAUAGAAAUCUACGCGAGGCAUCUCCCGCGUGAAAUUUAGCCGGCGAGUUACGAGAAUUUUGGAUAAACAAAUCCCACAUCUGGGCCCUUGGAUAACCUUUUUGUAACAAUAUCCAGACGAUUCUAUCGCUCAUCGUUGGCAGAAGAUCAAAACAAAAUGGAGACCAGUACAAGCUUAUUUACGGACAUGGCAGGAGUCACGGGCAUGACGACUGGGGCACCCUCUGAGAACAAUAGUGAUGUUCUAUGGAUGCUGAUCAGUGGCUUCAUCAUGUCAUUCAUGCUCGCCUGUGGUUUAGGAGCCAACGAUGUUGCAAACUCUUUCGCUACAUCAGUUGGUGCAAAGGUUCUCACCCUACCGUGGGCUUGUAUUCUAGCCUCUAUCUUUGAGACAGCCGGAGCGGUUUUGCUCGGCGCAAAGGUCUCGGAUACCAUAAGGAAAGGCAUCUUUGAUGUCAGCCUUUAUGACGGCCAGGAAGAAGUCUUGAUGCUUGGGCAAGUUUGUGCUCUCGGAGGAGCAUGUAUCUGGUUGCUACUAGCCACUUGGCUGAAGAUGCCGGUCUCUGGAACGCACAGUAUAGUAGGAGCUAUGCUGGGAUUUCAUCUCGUCGUCUUCCAGUUGGAAGGCAUUGCUUGGAAACAAUUUGGUUUCAUUGUUGGAUCUUGGUUCCUUUCACCUGUGAUGUCGGGCCUGGUUUCAAGCGUAGUAUUUGUCAUUUACAGGAAGAUCGUCAUCAAUAAGGAUAAUCCACUAGAGCCAGGUCUACGCGUCCUUCCAUUCUUCUAUGCUUUGGUUCUUGUUAUUAACUGUAUCUCCAUCUUCAUCGAUGGUCCAGAAAUGCUUUAUCUUCAUGUAAUCCCAGUAUGGGGUGUAAUGAUCCUCAGUUUUGGGGUUGGUAUCGUCGCCGGUCUCAUCGUCUUCUUCGUCUUCGUACCAAGGUGGAGGAAAGAACUGCAAGUUGUAUCCGAGACAUCAAAGUAUGAUGAAGAUCUACAGGAAGUCAAAUUGGACACCGAUGUCAAAAUCCCCCUGUCUGAUGAAGGCAUCGAUGUCGAUAUAGUGGACGGGAAGAUGAAGGAAGAGAAUGGUACGGAGCCCUCUCCUGUUGAACAAGAUAGCAUGUUAAGUUCAGGUGUGUCGUCGAUGAACAGCUCUCCCGACCCCAAGCACUGCACCCGCUUCGGUAAGCUGAAUACUGGUAAAUGGAAACGGCUUAUAAGCAGGGAUACCACGAAAGGAGGAGAGAGCAAGAAAGAAUCUGAAGCCUGGAAGAGCAUCAAAGACCACCCGGUGGUCGCUAAGUUAUGUACUCCACUUCAGAUUUUAUCGGCCGUCUUCGCUUCAUUUGCCCAUGGUGGUAAUGAUGUGAGUAAUGCCAUCGGUCCACUGGUAGCACUGUGGGCCAUCUAUUCAAAUGGUAACGUGGAGCAGAAGUCUGGAACUCCAGUCUGGAUCCUGGUCUACGGAGGUGCAGGGAUUACCAUUGGUCUAUGGUUGCUGGGACGCAGGGUCAUCGAGACUGUAGGAUCAAACCUAACGCCAAUGACACCAUCGAGUGGUUUCAGUAUAGAACUAGGAGCCGCCGCGACCGUUCUUCUAGCGUCUAACAUUGGUAUACCAGUCAGUACAACGCAUUGUAAGGUUGGAUCAGUAGUGGCUAUAGGUAAAGUGAGAGCCGCAGCAACGGUAGAAUGGCGUCUGUUUGCUAACAUCAUCGUAGCAUGGAUUGUGACUGUUCCAGCCACUGCUGGACUAAGCGCUGCUCUUAUGGCUGGCCUACUAAGAGUCUUAUAAUGAUGGGUCCCUGAACUGGUCUGUAUAUGGACCUCUAUAUAACAACUUGGACCUAUUGGUGGGUCUUUAUUGAUGGAACCGGGAACUGGUUUAUAUCUAGAGCUCUUUAUCAAGACUCUGGCCUAUUUUAAUAGAGACUUCUAAUGACACAAUAUUGAUAGGUCCACUAACUUGAGUGUCCCCCGAGUUCUAGACCCUAUUAUGGUCUAAAUCUUACCAAUGCUGGACUUGAUAUUCCUGUGCCAAUUUACUCAUGAGCAGACAUUGGAUUUCUCUGGGUAGACAACGGAUCCAAGCCUGGUUAUGUAGUUCCACGACGUGGUUUGAAAUUGCCUCUCUUGAUUCAGACUUGGUCCUGCCCUUCUGGUUUCCUCGUGUCACAUCGCAUCUCUGGACUUGAUGAAUCCAACAACGGGCUCGCGUAACUCUGAUGAUAGAGCUGAUACCAAAUCUGCUUCGGUGCUAAGUAUACUUGUAUGGAUGGCAUAUUGUAUACACUGAAUAUACACAAGUCAAAUCUCCAUAGACCACAGUAAUGUGUUGAAUACCAGGCAGAAUUGUACCUGGGGGCAUUUCACAGAGGUGUGACCUAGAGUCAAGCAUAAAUUUCAAUGUUCACAUUUUAUUUCAAACAAUCUAAUUGAUGGAUAUGCGGUGUUGUGUUAUAUACCGUAUGCACCUAAAUUUAAGUGGGACUUGAAAAAAAAAUUCAUGCUCAAAUAUUUGUGAAACACCCCCUGGAAGACAUCAAUAAUUCAUACUAUUUAUGUUGUAGUCUGACAAACAAAGAAACAAACCAUGCUUCUACUGUGCUAAUUGUGGAAUAAGUAGAAGGCUGGAUCAGGCAGACUUCAAGGUCGUGCAUGCACAAGUUGGUGUAGCCCCAUAUACUGUUAAUUAUGUCAUGGAGUACUUAUGUAGCUUUAAGGCUGUGUGCGACGGUACACGAGCUCUAUCCAGGUUUUUUAUAUCGAUGGUCUGCAUCAAUAUACUAAAAAUCUCUUUUGUCAAAGAGUACAAUAGAUGCAUAUUAAGAAAAUAAUUUACAACAAUAUUUAUUUUGAGCUGUGCUGAAAUUACUUGAUAACCAAGCAAACCUCAAGUUUCAUGUAUAUUAUGGGUGACUGAAAGUGACUUGGAAGUGUGGUGUAAAUUUGUACAAAUUUAGCUUUAUUUGAAUGUUAAAGUUAUUACAAAGUAUCCCUUUUGAAUGUCAGACAUUACAUCAUUAGUGGCUUUUGAACAUUGGCUUUGACUACAGUGGUUCUUGUCUGUAUGUUGGGUGCAUCAAGGACCUUGGCCCUCAAAGCUUUGUGAGUUUUAUACAAUUGAUUUUGAUGGUUUAUUUUAUGUGUUCUGCCAUCAAUCACAAGAUUUUGUGUUACAAGGUCCUGGCCAUGCAGUUUGGGGAAAUGGGUCAGCAUAGUGUCAUCUAGGAUUUUUUUCACAAGGGUUUGAGUGUGAC